CGCUCCGCUAACUUUUCCCCGCACAGCUCCGAGCAAAGUGGGCUCAAAAGGGUCUAUUCUUCACGGCGGAUGACAGCAAAAAGGGCAAAAAAAAGGGGGAAGUGAGGAACAAGUUGUCCUCUGAGACCGCUCCGGCUUUUCAUCAUCUUCUUCACUCUUCGAUGAUUGUGUGGGUCUAAGCGGUUCCUCCAAGGCAAGGUGAAUGUACAGCAUCAUGAUGGAGACGGACCUGCACUCCCCCAUGGUGCCGCAGACCAACCCGUCCAACCCGGGGGGACACGUGGGAGGAGGCGGUAAAGUCCCCCAGGAGAGAAUCAAGAGACCCAUGAACGCUUUCAUGGUGUGGUCCCGAGGCCAGCGACGGAAGAUGGCCCAGGAGAACCCAAAGAUGCACAACUCGGAGAUCAGCAAGCGGCUGGGGGCAGAGUGGAAGGUGAUGACCGAGGCGGAGAAGAGGCCCUUCAUUGACGAGGCCAAGCGGCUGCGGGCCAUGCACAUGAAGGAGCACCCGGACUACAAGUACCGCCCGCGGAGGAAGACCAAGACCCUGCUGAAGAAGGACAAGUACACGCUGGCCAGCGGACUCCUCGGCCACGCGGCGGGUGUGGGAAUGGGCGGCGGGCAGCGGCUGGAGAGCCCCGGCGGGGGGCACCUGGGGGCCAACGCGGGCUACGCCGCGCACGUCAACGGCUGGCCGAACAGCGCCUACUCCGGGCAGGUGGCGGCUGCGGCGGCUGCCGCUCACGCGAUGAUGCAAGAGGUGGCGUACACGCAACACCCGGGCCCCGGCGGUCACCCGCACCACCACGCGCACCAGCACCCCCACCAGCACCCGCACAACCCGCAGCCCGUGCACAGGUACGACAUGAGCGCCUUAUGUUACAGCCCCAUCUCGAACUCCCAGAGCUACAUGAGCGCCUCUCCGCCGGGCUACGGGGGCAUCUCCGGCUACACGCACCAGCACCAGAGCGCCGGCGUGUCCCCUGUGUCGGGGGCGCUUGGGGGAACUCUGGGACCCCUGGUGAAGUCCGAGCCGAGCGCGAGCCCCCCGGUGUCCACGGCGCGAGCGACCUGCCCCUCGGGGGACCUGCGGGACAUGAUCAGCAUGUACUUGCCCACGGGUGAGGCGGCGGGAGACUCCUCCGUGCACGGCCGCCUGCACGUCCUCCACCCGCAGCACUACCAGGGCAGCAGCACGUCGGUGAACGGGACGGUUCCUCUGACGCACAUUUAAUGCUCUUACAUGUUGGAAAAGCACUGAACCGCAACCAAAUACUUUAAGAGGAGGUGGGCCGCUGCUGCUCGCGUGUAAAUUAAGGCGUUUCGAGCCAUAAAAAUGCAAUCACCCUGAACAAACUUUUUUUUCAUGUUAUUAUUUUUUGCCUCAACGCACACGCUGACUUAUUUGAUCUUAACAGCUUAUGCCAAGUUUUCACACCAUUUAAAUUAUAAUCCUGCAAGUCUGGUGCAUCAUGGGCUUUAUUUUUACGUUUGUGUGGAAUUGAAAGCGUGGAAAAUGUGUUUUUAAGCAAGUUCACAGGCAGCAUUUGAAAUUGAUUUCCAGUUUUAAUCCUUGUAAACACGUGGGUCUGUCGGUGUAAUUUGUUUCUUUUUUCUUUUUUGGGUUGUUGUAAGUAAAUCUUGUAAAUUGUGAAUAAAUAUUCCCACUGGAAA